UCGCGCACUCCCCUGGUGAUUCUUCCAAUGCUACCUAUGUGUGGCCCCAAGACUGGCGCUUGGCGCUUUGUGUUCUAGCGUUUCUAGGGCGGCAGGGCAAGGCGCAGCGCAGCUACGGCGCAAGCCAAAUGCGCUGGGAAUCGGCGGCUUGCGCUUGGAUGUGAUCGCUUGGCGUUGGAUCGGCUGCCGAUCGGCUCGCGCUUGAGUUUUGAUCCGAGAAGCAUGGUGUAGGAUCGAUCCCGGCAUAUGAGAGUCGGAUUGGGUCACACAGGAAUCGAUAAAGCGAUGAGGUGGCUCUUUGGUUGCUUCAGCAGUCGCAAAGAGAGACCAAAUCGACAAAAGAAGCCUGUGAAGCUUUUUGCGACUGCGUGUCAAGCUCUCCUACAGAAAGCUUCAAGCCGGCCUGACAAGGCACAAGUACUUCCGGACUCUGGAUUGGAAAAUGACGAGAAAGGAAUAUCCCGACGGCGUGAUCCAGAGCUGAUCAAGGCACGCGAUAAAUUGCGAGCUCACGAUGAUCCUGAAGCCGGCUUACCACGUGAAGAUCAUAACAAGGAAGCGUUUCAUAGCGCAGCUCACGAGGGCGACGGAGACCUUUCAGUACCGGCAGAGUCGAGCAUUCAUGGCAAGGACACCCGUGACGAUUAUCUCAGCAUCGACUCGGUUUUCCCGGCCUCUUUAUUCUCGGACGAGAGGUUUGGCUCCUCGGAGGGCGAUUUUUCUAUUUGCAAACCCGCUCCUCGCAGCUUCAAGAAGACCGAGGUCUCAGAGGACUCCACCUCCCUCUCGAGCGAAACCAGGAGCACGCAAACGCAGAUGAGCUUUGAUGAGAAGCCGAUCAUGGGUCUGGUUGCGGCCGACUGGCUCGAGCCGGACACUUCGGAAGUAAAGUCUUACAAGGCGUGGGAUGGGAAAGGGAUCCCAAACUCCCCGUCCAAAUACAAGGAGGAUCAAACGAUAAACUUCCAAACGAUUUCGUUUGAGGCACGGCUUGAGCGUGCACUGGCUGCUCAGAGCGUGAUGGAACACUGAGUAAGCCUGGAAUACAUAAUGUAAACUUAUAAUGUUCCAGCUCUUGUUUUCUAA